UCACUUUACAUACAUGUAGUGUUAUCGCGGGACAUCAAGGAGUGACAUAUAUGCAUGUGACAGUCAGGCACAUGUUGUAAGUGCAGACAUGGGAAGGCGACUUCUUCUUAUUUCUAACUCCACUUUACAUGGGGGUGGUUAUCUCGAACACUGUACAGACCAGAUCAAGACAUUUCUGAGGGAGGUGAAGCGGGUAUUAUUUGUACCAUAUGCUCUACAUGAUAGAGACGAAUAUGCCAAUAUCGCUAGGAAGGCCUUUAAAGCCAUGGGGUAUGAAUUGGACAGCAUCCAUACACAGCCCAUUCCAAUAGAGGCCGUCAAAAAAGCUGAAGCAGUGUUUAUUGGAGGAGGCAACACUUUCCGUCUCCUCACGACUCUGUAUAAAGAAGGGUUGGUGGAUGAGAUCAAACACAGGGUCGAGCAGGAUGGAGUACCAUACAUUGGAUCAAGUGCAGGCAGUAACGUAGCUACUUUUAGCAUCAACACCACCAACGAUAUGCCUAUAGUGUACCCACCUAGCUUCUUGGCCAUCAACCUGGUCCCUUUCAACAUCAAUGCACAUUACACGGAGCCCGCACCAGGCAGCACCCAUAUGGGGGAAACUCGUGAGGCUAGGAUCAAACAGUACCAUGAGUACCCAGAUGCUCCACCAGUUCUGGGGAUGAGAGAGGGUUGCAUGCUGCUGGUUGAAGGAGAUAAAGCCACCCUGAUGGGACAGAAUGGAGCGAAGCUGUUUGUCAGGGGAGUAGACCCAAAGGAGAUAGACAUGGGGGCAGACCUUUCCUUUCUCCUAUGAACAUAGCAGAAACAUCAAAAGACGCUGAAGCAUAACUCUGACCUAGUCUCUCCAAAAUUGGAAUAUAUCAGACAGGGUUAUUAUUGUGUUAUAUCUUAUCUUGAUUUGAUAGUAAGAGCUGCGGGUAGUUCAAGACCCUGUCAUUUGUUAUUUGUGUUACUACAUUAUAAAUAUAUAUAUAAAUAUAUAUUGUGUAUGACUCCCAGUGUUGUAAAAAUACAUUGAUAAUUUGACGACAAUGUUGUACAAUGUGUAACCAAACCACCACACAAUUGUUCUAUGGCGCAUGUGAUAAUAAAAAAAAUUUUGACCUUAAAUCAUGUUAAUGA